AUGUCCGACGACGAUGAUUUCAUGCAAGACUCCGGCGAGGAGGAGUACGACUUCGAAUACGAGGACGAUGAUGACGAGCAGAGUGGCGAUGUCGACAUCGAGAACAAGUACUACAAUGCGAAGCAGCUCAAGGCCGACGAUCCCGAGGCCGCCAUAGAUGAAUUCUUGGGAAUGCCUGCUCUAGAAGAAGAGAAGUCGGACUGGGGCUUCAAGGGACUGAAGCAGGCAAUCAAGCUGGAGUUUAAGCUGGCCCGCUACGACCAGGCUGUUGAGCACUACAAAGAGCUGCUGACCUACGUCAAGUCGGCCGUCACGCGCAACUACUCCGAAAAGUCCAUCAACAACAUGCUCGAUUUUAUAGAAAAGGCCGCAGAAGACGCCGAUGCAUAUCGCUGCAUGGAGAACUUCUACGCCCUGACCCUCGAUAUCUUCCAGAGCACCAAUAACGAGCGGCUUUGGCUAAAGACCAACAUCAAGCUCGCGAGGCUGUGGUUGGACAGGAAGGACUACCGUCAGCUUACGGAGAAGCUCCGUGAGUUACACAAAGCCUGUCAGAAGGAGGAUGGAACAGACGACCCGAGCAAAGGCACAUACUCACUGGAAGUCUACUCGCUAGAGAUCCUGAUGUACGCCGAGACCAGGAAUAACAAGCGGUUAAAGGCACUCUACCAACGAGCGCUCAAGGUCAAAUCCGCGGUUCCGCACCCCAAGAUUAUGGGUAUUAUCCGAGAGUGUGGUGGCAAAAUGCACAUGAGCGAAGAGAACUGGAAGGGCGCGCAGAGUGACUUCUUUGAGAGCUUCAAAAACUACGAUGAGGCUGGAUCGCUCCAACGAAUCCAGGUCCUGAAGUAUUUGGUCCUAGCGACCAUGCUGUCGGGUUCCGAUAUCAAUCCAUUUGACUCGCAGGAAACCAAGCCCUACCAGAACGACCCGCGCAUCUCUACAAUGACUGACCUGGUCAACGCCUAUCAGCUUGAGGACAUUCACGGUUACGAGAAGAUCCUGCAGAACAAUCAGGAUCUGCUCCAAGAUCCUUUCAUUGCCGAGAACAUUGACGAAGUUACGCGCAAUGUGCGAACCAAGGCUGUGGUCAAGCUCGUCGCACCCUACACCCGCUUCACGUUAGCCUUUAUUUCUAAACAGCUGAAGAUAUCCCUUUCCGAGGUGCAGGAAAUUGUCGGGUUCCUGAUAGUUGACAAGCGGUUGCGCGGCAAGAUCAACCAGCAGAACGGAACGGUAGAGAUUGAGAGUAGCACAGACAUGGAUCGGGUACAGGCGAUGAAGGAAUGGAGUAGUGCCAUUGGGGCGUUGUGGCAGACAGUGCUGAACGAAGGCGACGGCUUCAAGUCAGACGAGAGCGGUUCUCAAUUCACGCCUGGUGGUGGCGGGCCCCAAAGCAUGAGCUGGAAUCAAGGUUCAAUGGGUGGCAAGUCCGGUCGAGGUAAAGGCAAGGGUCUGGGGAGGCUUCCGGGAGUAAUGGGCAAAGGAUGA